CCGUGGAUUGCGUUGAUGCUAGGGGAACUUUUGCUAUGCACGUACUAUGUCCUCCGUCUCUAAUCUAACCGCUGUCAUCGCGUAUGGUCGCUAUUCCUCAAUUCAGUGACUAACUACUGAAAUAACACGGAUCCGUCCAAAAUCCGAUGACUCAACACCCCCACGACUUGUAUUACUGUGCGAAGUUACAUCGUGAAGGAACGGGCCCCAAAGAAACAUGUCCUAUCCAUGCCAGUCCAUGCCGCCUCGACCUUGUAGGCAGGAACCAAGUCGAACAAGAGUCAGCGAGACAGCCACCGGGAGGCACUAUCACCACAAAAACACAUGCAGACACUCUUUUACUUAGGUUUGAGCAGUGUAACUGGUCCGUCUACAUUCAGGGUCCUCAACCCUCGCUUGCCGACGGAUUUAGUAUAUCAAUUGGGCAGAUCUCCCGGAAGCGAAGAACCACCAUCAAUCUCUUUGUCUUCGCUCUCUCGACAUCAUCCAUACGAAUGGUACGUUUCAGUGACGAGGCUUUGCGCACCGUGUCAUGGCGGAAUGUCAUUAAUGGGAAGGGAGAAAUAUGGAUCACACAAGACCCGAAGAAAAAGCACAGAUGCAUUACGAUCCACACCAUAGUUUUUCCCGUUGCGUUUGGGCUUCGUGCAUGUAUGAAAUCCUGACAAUGGGUUCACCCGAUCUAGA